AGUUUCUCAAGGGAGUUAUAGCACUACAGCGCAGUGUUUUCGUGUUUUUGUCAUUUUACUGGCCAUCCUUAGUGAAUUUCUAGUGUCCUAUCAAAGGAAACUUUUAAAAUUUGCCGGUUAGUUUUUGGACGUUGUCAUUUUUAUUCUAGAGGGAAUAAUUAUAGGUGUUCAUCCUGGAGGGUCGACAAGGAAUGCAAAAGGAUUGUGGUGAUUGUCUCGCUCUUAGACACCGCACUUGUACGUUGCACCAAACUUGGAAGUGGUUACACCAGACCAUCGAUCUUCACAAUUACAUGAUAUCCGUAUCUUCGAUUUCAGCAAAAUUUUUCUACUAGCUGUCUUAAUUGGGCCAUUUUUUCUCUAGUACAAAAGUUCAUUUUGUAGGCAGCAUAAAACCUGACCUGACUUUGGCAGACAAUCAGUGAAUUUUUAUUUUCAGAAAGAUAAGAUUUAGAAAAAUGGCAUUUUGCGUCGUAAGAUCUGCACUUCGAGGAAAGAUCGUGACUUCUCUUCGUCAGGGGUUCCCGAGACCUCUGACCUGUGGCCUGUCGACGAAGGAGAAAGUCGAUGAGAAAGACAUCAAAAAGUCUGUGUUUAUAUCUCAAUCGAGCGAUGUCUACACCAACCUCGCCCUUGAGGAUUGGAUGUACAACAACCUGGACUUUACGAACCACCACGUAAUGCUCCUCUGGAGGAACGAUCCCUGUGUGGUCAUCGGACGCCAUCAGAACCCUUGGUGCGAGUCGGAUUUGACCAGUCUGGAAAACAACAGAGUCUCCCUCGCAAGGAGGAACUCGGGAGGAGGUGCAGUAUACCAUGAUCCAGGCAACCUCAACAUCACUUUUUUCGCACCGAAA